CGCUUCCUGCUCGGGCUCUUCGUGCACGCGUGGAUGUGGGCGGCCUCGGGCUCGUCUGCCCAGGUGUUCAACCUCAGCCUUUCCGUGGACGAGGGACUGCCUCCGGACACUCUAGUCGGCGACAUUCGCGCCGGGCUGCCGGCUGCGCAGCAACAGGAGGUGGGCGGCUUCUUUCUGUCGGAGGAUUCGGACGACUCCCCGCUGCUGGACGACUUCCACGUGCAUCCGGACACGGGCAUCAUCCGUACGGCCAGGAGCCUGGACCGCGAGCGGCGGGACCACUACAGCUUCGUGGCCGCCACCCUCCUGGGCGCCGUGGUGCAGGUGGAGAUCCACGUCAACGAUGUCAACGACCACUCGCCCCGCUUUCCCCGGGACUCGCUGCGACUUGACGUCUCCGAGCUCAGCCCGCCAGGCACGGCUUUCCGCCUGCCAGGUGCCCACGACCCCGACGCGGGGCUGUUUAGCACCCAGGGCUACACUCUGGUGCCACCGCCCGACCUCUCCGAGGACCCCGCAGGACCCUUCUUCCAGUUGCGCUAUGGGGCCCCCGGGUCACCACCGUCGCCGCUGUCCUCGUCGCCCCUGGAGCCUCUAGACCUGGUGCUGCUGCGGCCGCUGGAUCGCGAGGCUCAGGCCUGGCACCAGCUGGUGGUCGAGGCCCGCGAUGGAGGUGCGGAGCCCGAGGUAGCCACGGUGCGGGUGUCCAUAGCCGUGCUGGACGUGAAUGACAACCGGCCCGCCAUCCACCUGCUCUUCCUCACCGAGGGGGGCGCAGCGCGAGUCUCUGAAGGUGCCCGGCCUGGCGACUACGUGGCUCGAGUGUCGGUGUCCGACGCGGACGGUGACCCAGAGAAGGAAGGGGAGGCAGCUGGGGGACUUGAUCUGAGCCUUGGGGACAGGACCAUCUCUCUGACCUUGGAGGGCGCAGAGGGGGCCUUCACGCUGAAGCCUGGCGGCUCGCCAGGGGUGUUUUUCCUUUGCGUCCAGGGACCCCUGGACAGGGAAAGCCGAGACCUGUAUAACCUGCGACUGGUGGCCACAGAUGCGGGGUCUCCGCCGCUGAGCACGGAGGAGACGCUGCUGCUCCGGAUCGCCGACCUCAAUGACCAGCCGCCCCUCUUCAGCCAGGAGCACUACCAGGCCUCAGUAUCCGAGGCCGCGGCCCCUGGCACCGCGGUCCUGUGGGUGAGCGCCUCCGAUGCGGACGAGGCUGGCACUGGCCACGCCAAGCUGCACUAUGAGCUGGUCCACCUCCCUGAGCGCUGCAGCCCAGAGGCUCAGCGGCCCAGGGCGGAGUGCGCACCAUCCUUCACCAUAAACCCCGAAACCGGCCUGAUCAGCACUACCCGGAGUCUGGACCGGGAAGUCCAGGAGGCUGUAGAGCUGCGAGUGGUGGCCCAAGACCUGGGAGAGCCCCCGCUGUCCGCCACCUGCCUGGUGAGCAUCACCGUGAAUGAUGUGAAUGACAACGAGCCGAUCUUCUGGAGGCAGGUGUACAACGCCACCCUGGUGGAGCACGCCCAGGUUGGACACUGCUUUCUGCAGGUAACAAACGAAACCUUUAAUUCUGAUCUUCCUCGCCUCAAGGAAACAGCAAACCUCAAUUCAAAUAAUUCCCCGCCAGAAGUUACAUCCAGAUACUGCCAGACUGAGGACUAUAGGGCUGACUAUGUACAUGCGCAGUAA